CAUACAGAUGUACAAAAAUUACUCUCCCAGGUUGAUAGUAAAAAAGAUUUUGCUGACAUACAAUUGGUUGAACAUACGAUAUCUUUAGAUUGGAGUUGUCUUGCACUAUUAUGCGAUGCAUAUGAUAUGAAUAAAUCAACCAGAAUGCAUAUUCACUCAAAGCUAGCACCUCAUAAAGUCGCAUUUCACAUAGAAAGAACAAAUAAUGAAAAAAAUGCUCAAAAUGAUGAUUUGAAUCGCUUUGUACUUUACUUAAAUAAUAUGCUGCGAACCAAAGGCCUGAAUACGUUAUUAACUACUUCCGAACAGAUUAUAGACACGUGUUUGGUACCUUUUAUAGUUUCAGUUGAUACGACUAGUCUUGAAAAUGGCAUUAUACAUAUAAGGGACAGAUCAACAACUCUCAGUGAAGCUAUACAUGUAACUGAUUUAGUAAAGUAUAUUAGUCUGCGCUGUUAAUUAACUAAUAUAGUUUAAUUUCACAUUAA